AGCAAAAAGAAAAAUAAUUUUCUAUUUCUAAAUUAUUUACAAUAAACAAAUAUUACAGGAAUUAAGAAAAUGUUGAAGUGAACUACUACUCUGAGCGAAUCUUGUAAUUUAAAUAAUAUAAUUAAUAUUUAUUAUAAAUAAAUAUAUAAAUAGAAAAAUUAAAUUAUUAAUAAGAAUAUUAAUAAUUAAUUAAUAUCAAUUAUAAAUUAUACGCUCAAUUGACAAAAAGCAAGUUGAAAAAAAUAAUUUUUGUGAUGUGAGAAGAAAAAAUGAUUUUUCAUUUCUAAAUUACAAUUAAAAAUUAAAAAAUUAAAAAAAAAGAAAAGAAAAAUGAUAAACACGGGAAAUUGGAUAGUCGUGGCAUUAAUUUCGGCGAAUAUUUUGUGCUUAAAUGGCGAGCAAAGAUUUGUCGAAACCCCAGCAUCGUAUCAGGAGGUUUCAACCGGUGAAGAUGUACAACUUAGGUGUAAAGUACAGGACAAAAGGGGUCAAUGCAUCUGGCAAAAAGACCGUAAACCCGUUGGCAUGCAUCCUGAUAAAUACGAAUGGGUCGGAGGAAGGGACAGUGAUUGCAGUUUGCUGAUAAGAAGAGCAUCUUUGGAUUUUGAUGACGGAUUCUGGGAAUGCCAGGUCACUCCUGGCGAUUUUACUCGUCAGGAUGCACUCACAUCUCUUCCCGCUCGACUUCUCGUUAGAGUGGCUCCCCGGAAACCACGUUUGGAGUACGGUGGGUCAAUUUUGAGCACUGCCCUAACUUUGAGGGAAGGCCAGGAAGCAACGAUUUCCUGCGUUUCCAGAUACGGAAAUCCGCCAGCCCUCAUCAAGUGGUAUAUUGGCGGGGAUGAAGUUGAAGCUUUAAGGGAGCAAACAAAUGCAACGGAAGUGGACAGCCCAAAAACGUGGGUCGCCUACAGUCUUUUGAAAAUUCGUGGACAAAGGGAAAAUCACGGUCUUCCUAUUAGAUGUCUCACUCUACAUCCAUCCAACACGUCUCCUGCUUACGCAGAAUCGCGACUGGACGUUCAUUAUACGCCGGAAACGAGAAUAGAAACUAGUCCACGAAUGUUGACGACCGCCUUAGAAGAUUCAGCGAGUUUCAUAAGUUUGAAAUGCAUCGCCGAUUCCAAUCCGGUCGGUUCAAUUAAAUGGUUCAAAGAUUCCACUUCAAUAAGUACAACGAACAGCGCAACAAUGACUUUUUCAGCUAACAGGACUUAUCAAAAUAACACUCUAAUUGCGUCCGAAGUGAGAUUUGAACCCGUAAUGAGAGGUGACGCUGGACUAUAUUCCUGCAAGGCUACAAAUAUCAUUGGUGACAGUGCACCAGCCAGUUACAGAAUGGACGUUCAGUAUGCGCCAAAGUUAAAAGCAAGCAAGAAGACGUUAAAUGGAAGCAUUCCAGAUGUGGAAGAAAUUACGUCCCUCGGCACAACCAUAGAUCCAUUUGAGUGCGCUGAAUAUGAUGCAAAUCCACCGGCACAAUACAGAUGGGAGCAUGUGCGUGGAGGGAUUCCGGAAAUUAUUGAAAAUCCAACACAAGACAAACAGGGCGGCAAAAAACUAAGACUGGAAAAUGUCAUGUGGUCCGAUGAGGGCGAGUACAGAUGUUUCGCAUACAAUUUCAUCAACGGCGUUCGAAGGGAAAUUCGAAGCGAGGAACGUUUUAUGCUCAAUGUCAUGGGACCGCCAGAAAUACAAACCAUACGUUCUUCUGGAGAUAAUGGAAUUUAUGAGUCAAUAGGAUGGUCCGGAGAACCGGUACAUCAAUUAAAGUCCAGCUUUUGCUCGAGGCCUCCGCCCCGAUUAGUCGCUUGGCAGUGGGGGAGUUCUCAUAUUAGAGCAGGUGAAACGAUUCAUCCAAAAUACGAGGCACUACCCCUGGAGCCAAUUGUCGAAAGUAAAUCGAUUUCCAAUUGUUAUUGGGCGAUCCUCGUUAUAAAAAAUGUCCAAAAAGAAGACGCAAGAACGUACACACUUUUGGUGGAAAGUGAAAAGGGCAGGGAUUCGACGAAUUUAAAAUUACUCGUCCGCGACCCAACGGAAAUGCGAGUACUGGCAGCAGCUGCUGCGGUGGGUUUGCUUUUUAUCUUUUUGCUGAUAUGCAUCGGAAUCUAUUGUUGGUGCCGCGUAAAACACAGACGAUAUCGGCAAGAGGAAGAAGAGGAGGGCAGCAUCGCGGCCGAUGCAUUCUAUAAUACAACUUCAAUAGAUCGACAGAGUAAAAUUCAUCAUGAUUCCACGCAAAAUAAAAAUAAUAACUUCACAAGAAAGCCGACCACUGACAGCGGCCUGUCAGUUAUGUAUAAUUAUGAUCAGAUGAAUAAACAGAUGAGUCCAGAAGCAUUGAAAGUCAGACGUGCUCCUGCUGUUCUGCAGGCUCCAACAAUUGUUUAACAAUUCAAGCGAAACGACCAUUUUUUGCGUACAAAAAAUUAUUAUUAUUUGGGUCAUUCCAGGGGAAAUUUUCAUUGAAAAAUUAUUUUUCUCGAUUUCUGUAUUAUUUAUUUUGUCACCGAAUGAAAAUCGUGGAAGUUGUGACUUUUACAAAUUCAACUUUUUCAGUCGCCGAGAACAUCACUUCGGUUUCGAGAAGUCACUUUUUCAAAUUUAUUUUCAAUCUGCUUCUCAAUUUGUAAAUUUAACUAAUAAAUUAGUAGAAAUUACUAUUUAUUAGUCAAAUUUACUAAAUUAGUAGAAAUUACUAUUUAUUAG